AUGAAAUUUCUUACCUUAUUUACUAUUUUCUUCCUUAUUGCUACAAUCAAUGCUAAUUUGAUUUGCCAACUUUGCUUAGAUUUCUGUAAGGAUCUUGAAAAAGAAUUAGAAAGUGAUGAACCAGAUAUGGAAAAGAAAGCUAAUGCCAUCUGUGAUAGAUUAACUCACAACAGUCCACUUCUUGAUAACGUUUGUAAACAACUUGUUGACAGUGAAUUACAAACAGUUGUUGGAGGUCUUGAACAAAACGAACCACCACAAAAAAUUUGCCAAGGAAUUGGAAUGUGCUAA